CGCGGGAACAGCGCAUAUCUCGUUCUGUUAAAACAGGGCAAACAACAACAGCAGCGGGCAACUUUCAAAAUCAAGUGUGAAGUCCCCAGCUCAGGCCGUUACCUUACGACCCCGGCACUCCAGUCAAGCCCCAGGGGGAAAGAUGAGAGCCAAGAGGCCUUCCAUGUCUGAACCAAAGUCCACAGAGUCCCCAGGUUCUGGCUGUGGUGUUCCAGCCCAGAGAAGUUCACAGCAGGGUCCAGAGAUGGUCUCAGUGAAGCUGGAGGACUGCAGUCAAACACUGGAACUUAAUGUGAUUGUCAAAGAGGAAUGGGAGGAGAGAGAAGUCAAAGAGGAGGUGGAGAACAGGGAAGUGUCUGCUCCAGACCAAGAGGAGGAGGCAGCAGUAGAUAGUAUCACUGACCCAGGAGAGAUCUCCAACCCAGGUUCAGACAGUGAGCCCAGUUCCACAGCAUCAGGAAGCCAUAAACAACACAGACAGAGGACCUCAAGACAGAAACAUCAUCACUGCAUGGACUGCUUCACUAGUUUCUAUGAUCCAGAGGAGUUGAGAAGGCACACUUGUAGGCCCCACCCCUGCACAGACUGCAGAGACAGUUUUAUUUGUCCAACUCACCUCAUACCACAUCAACAGACUCUCAAAACAAAGAAGCCUUACAUGUGUGGUCAAUGUGGCAAGAGAUUUCAGACCCCAAGCACCUUGAAGACACACCAGCUUACUCACACAGGAAAGAAGCCUUUCCACUGCUCCCAGUGUGGGAAGACUUUUGAUUCAUCAUUGCAUUUGAAGAGACACCAUAAAAUACACACAGGAGAGAAGCCUCAUCAAUGCUCUGAAUGCGGGAAGAGUUUCAAUCAGUUAUCACAUUUAAAGGCACACCAACAAACUCACACAGGAGACAAUCUUUUUCACUGCUUUCCGUGUGGGAAGGGUUUCAGUCUGUCAUCUAAUCUGAAGAGGCACCAGCUAAUGCACAAAGAGAAGCCUUACCACUGCUCUCAUUGUAGGAAGAGUUGUAAGUUGGAAGGAUGCCUUCAGAGUCAUCAGAGAAUACACAGUGGAGAGAAGCCCCACUGUUCCCAAAGCUUCAAUCAAGCAGGAGACCUAAAGACACAUCAGAGAGUACACAGUGGUGAGAAGCCCUACCACUGCUCCCAAUGUGGGAAGCGCUUUAGUCGGGCAGGACGGCUAAAUGAACACCAGAAAUAUCACACCGGAGAGAAGCCAUACCGCUGUGAUCAGUAUGGGAAGAGUUUCCAUCAGGUAGGACACCUAAAUGACCACCAAAGGAUACACACGGGAGAAACCGUACAGCUGUGAUCAGUAUGGGAAGAGUUUCCAUCAGAUGGCAGAGAAAAGCAGAGCACCAGUGUGGGACCAUUACAUUGAAUUGGCACCAGGGAAAGCAAGGUGUCUUAUUUGUGAUAAAGAUAUAAGCAUGGGGUCAGCAAUGGCUAAAUCCAAAAAUACCACCAACCUGUGGAAUCACCUUAAGAACAUCCACCCAAACGCCCAUAAGGAAGCAAUGAUGAAAAAAGCAAAUGCAAAUUCUUCACAAGGAAAAAGUGAUGCAGACACGUCACAGACAUCGCAGGCUACACUCUUGCAACUUUUCCAUAAACAAGCAAAAUGGCAGGACAAAGAUCCAAAAUGGCAGGACAAAGACCCAAAAUGGCAGGACAAAGAUCCAAAAUGGCAGGACAAAGACCCAAAAUGGCAGGACAAAGACCCAAAGUGGCAGGACAAAGACCCGACAUGGCAGGACAAAGACCCAAAAUGGCAGGACAAAGAUCCAAAAUGGCAGGACAAAGACCCAAAAUGGCAGGACAAAGAUCCCAAAGUGGCAGGACAAAGACCCAAAGUGGCAGGACAAAGACCCAAAAUGGCAGGACAAAGACCCAAGGGCCAAGAAGAUGGAUGAAGCAAUUAUUGAGAUGAUUGCCACUGACAACCAGCCAUUCACAGUGGUGUCUGACGUUGGUUUUCAGCGGCUGAUUAGUCUUGCUGAACCCCUGUACAGGAUCAAAGAUGAAACAUUCUUUCGCACAGAAAUGCUAGAUAAAACACAUGAAAGAGUUGUGAUGAAAGUGAAGAAUCUGGUGGCACCAGGGAACGCUCCACACAUGGCAUUCACAACUGACUGCUGGUCAGGCACUACAGAGUCCCUGAUGAGCCUUACUGGACAUUUCAUUGACGAUGUCUGGACAAGAAAGCAGGUUGUGCUGAAUGUCAAGACUAUGACUGGAUCACACACAGGAAACUACAUCAGAGAGAUGUUUUUGACCAUGUUGGAAUACUGGGACAUCCACACAGAACGUGUAGUGCUGGUCCUCAGGGACAGUGGGGCAAACAUGGUGAAAGGUGUGAGACUGGCAGAGCUUCCAGACUUCAGCUGCAGUGCACACACCCUACAGCUUGUAAUCAACGACGGCCUGUCCAGUCAGAGAGCUGUGCUAAACAUUAUUGCCAUGUUGAAGAGCUGUGCAACUCACUUUGACCACUGUGUACUGGCCAAACAGAGGCUGAGGGCCAUUCAGGAAGAGCUUGGCCUCCCCAAACACAGCCUCAUCCAAACAGUUCAAACUCGCUGGAACUCAACACUACACAUGUUGCAGAGGAUGUUUGAACAGAGGCGUGCACUGAAUGUGUAUGCAGGUGAAUACGGACACAUCAGCGGCUUGUCUGCUGCACAGUGGGACAUGGUCUCUAACCUAAUUGAGACUCUGGCACCUAUGGAGGAGGUAACCGUGGAGAUGAGCCACUCCAACUCCACAGCAGCAUGCAUCAUCCCCAGUGUGUCGGUGCUGAAGCUGAUGCUGCAGCAGGAGGGUUCUUCUACUCAAGGCAUCAACACUUUACGGAAGACCAUGUUGGACAGUCUGACAAGGCGGUUCUCCAAGGCCGAGGAGACAAAGUGCCUGGUGCUGGCGACUGUCCUGGAUCCACGUUACAAGAGCUAUGCCUUCACCUCAGGGACAGCACUAGAGAAAGCAACAGAGUGGCUGAAGGAAGAGUCUGACCUACUAAGGAAACCAAAUCCCAGAGCCACAGCAGAAAGGACAAGUGAAGAGGAGGACACAGAUCCAGGUGCAAAAAGGCAAAGAGUCCAGGUAGAUCAGCCACCCAGUCUGGUGGACAGCCUCUACGCUAGAAUCCUUGGAAGCCAACAGGGCAGGGCUGGAGUCCAGUGCAGUUUUGACAUUGAGUUUGAGCGUUACCUCACAGAGCCUGUCAUUGACAGAAAGAGGGGCUUGCCUUUGGAGUGGUGGAAGCAGAACGAGGACAGAUUUCAAUCACUCGCUCCACUGGCAAAGAAGUUUCUCUGUCCUCCAUCUUCUUCGGUCCCAAGCGAGAGAGUGUUCAGUGAGGUGGGGAACAUUUAUGAUAAGUGGGGAGCAGACUGACAGGGGACCAGGCAGACAAGCUCUGCUUUCUACACUACAACCUAAAACUUCUUAACUGGGAUUAUUGAAGACCCAUGAAAGCUGGUGGUUCCUUUUAACAUGUUGUUCUCAUGUUAUUUGAGACUAGAUUGAUUUGAUGUAUUUAGUUCAAAUUAAAAGUGUUCAUUGUUCAUUCAG